AAUUUAAAAAAAAAUGCCAUUCGCGUUAACUAGAGAAAUGGCGGUAAGUUAUUUGGUUAGAUACGAUACCCCAAAUGCGUUAAUUAUUGCUGACAUCAGCAGAUGCGGAUAUCGCAGAAACCGCGACUAGUGCAUUCUUAACAUUCUUCACCGGCCCUGCUUAAGCAGAACUCUCGCAACCUUCCGGCUGCAGAGCAUUCUACAAGAGCUGCUGUUUUGCCAUUUCGAAAAAAAGUCGAUAAACUGCCAUCUUCCAACAUUUUGUGAUUGUAGCGCACUAGUGAUUGCUUUUAAGAUUGAACAUGUUUACAUUUAGCUAUAAUGUGCAGAACGCGUUUGUGAAAUCGGCAUUCGUUUUGUUCGUACUGGGUUGCACUUUGUACGAAAAUGUUUCAGGGUGUCCGACGAAAUAUUUUCAAACUAAAAUAUUAUACACAAGUGUAACGUUUGACCAUUCUACUGUGUUUGACUUGGGUGACAUCAUGUAUAUGAAAAUUAUAAGACUGAGCCCGAGUGAGAACACACUUAAUCACUUACAAUUAAAUAUGGCUGCCAGCAAAGAUGGUAGCACUUGGAGUAGUACAAUAGUAAGUCAUGCAAUAAAUCUAGUUGUGUAUUUUUUUUUAAACACAAAUUAUCAGUUAUUUUGAGGGGGGUAAUACAUCUCAGUUCAACUGCUGUACUGAAGUCACUGCAUUAAAGUCAAGCUAGAAGAACUAUUAGAAAGCGCAGCGCCGUUGAGAAGCAAAUAGUCCUGGGGAUGAGGUUGCAUCAAAGUUAAAAUAGAGCGAAUGAGUUAUUAAUCAAGUUAACUUUCUCAAAUUCGAAUCUGAAGGGGUUAAUUUUUUUAUUUUCGGAAAUUGAAAUACUUCCAGGCUAUGCUCUUUUCCAUCUCGUCUUGCUUUACAUGACGAAGGAAACUCAGUUCAUCUCCUAAAAUGUUUUUUUUCUCAAAAAUUAAAACAUUUAAAGGUCCAUUGCAUUAUGUGAAGAAUUCAAACUACACAGACAUAAUUUCGCCGUAAGGAGCUAAACAUUUUGUCUGCGUUAGAGAGUUUUUUGCCUAAUCCAUGCAGAACAAGACUCAGAGUGCUUUAUUUUAUUGAUCGAAGAGCCAGUAGCGUGUUUUUUUCUCUUUUUUAUAUGUACUUCUUAUUCUUUUACAGCAUAGAUAUCUUAUUCCGAAAUCAACUGAUGAGUUGUACUACCAAGAUAUGCAAAUAAGAUAUAUAAAUCUCACAUUCACAUCUACGCCUGUCAAUUUUAACGGUAUCGAUAUUGAAUUCACAGGAUGCAAGAAAACAGGUUAUAUUCAAAGUUUUAUUUAUCUUACCCCUGUUUGCGGUUGUCUCAUGUUAGAAAUGUUUUUGUCGACUUAGCUUUUCAGGAAGUUUACUUUUUAACGCGCCAGUUUACCAAGAGAUCUGAGGAAAAGACUGGGUUAGGAUGACUUCCGUCGCAUAAAAAGAAGCGAGAUGCAGAUGUGACAUUGAUUUUUGUGGCAUUCAAUAGCACCUAUUUUAUAGUUGCAAGAAUAUUGAACAAUUUUUAAAACCUCAUAAAAUAAAACGAAUUUGCAAUAUUUUAGGAUAAAUUCAGAACUGAAAUUAUUUCAUUUUUUGCGUCUUUUGUAGGAAACAUCGAGAAAAGAAAUGAACAGCAAAGCGCAAAAGGUACGCUUGUUGGAAGCAGCUUAGUUCUUAUUUUACUGUAAGAGGUCCUAGUGGAAGAGGGUUUGUGCGCCUCUGGUUGCGUCUUUUAGCACAGACCCUUGUCAACGCCGACUAAGUAAGCAAUGUCUAACG